AUGGCACCCAAAAAGAAAAGCCCCAAGAAGCCCAAGGUGGAUAAAGAGGCUGCAUCCAUCACCCCGGUGCUGGUGGAAGAUGCUUUGCUCAAUGUUGAACACCUCAAUCACUUGAAUAGUUUGUACGACGGUGGCUCCAACGGCUUCCACUGCACGGCCACGGAGGUUGAAGCACCAGACCAUGGAGCCAGCCUUCUGGAGGGGAUGAACCAGAUGCGCCAGAAGCGGUUCCUCUGCGAUCUCACCAUUGCCACCAAAACCAAGUCCUUCAAGGUGCACAAACUCAUCCUGGCUUCCUGCAGUGAGUACCUCCACCACCUGCUGCAGAGAGACCCUCAGCUGCAGCGGGUGGAGCUCCGCGACGUGUCCCCACUGGGCCUGACCACUGUCAUCACCUACGCCUACACGGGGAAGCUGAGCCUCUCGCUGUACACCAUCGGCAGCACCAUCGCCGCGGCCACCCAGCUGCAGGUGCCAACACUGCUGAACGUGUGCAGCAACUUCCUCAUUCGGGAGAUGGCCGUGGAGAACUGCGUGUACAUCGCCAACAUCUCGUCCACCUAUGGCCUCAACCAGGUGAAAGAUGCCACCCGGAAAUUCAUCCGGGAAAACUUCCUGGAGUUCUCCAACACCGACCAGUUCAUGAAACUCCCCUUUGAUCAGAUCAAUGAGCUGCUGAUGGAUGAUGGCCUGCAGAUACCCAGUGAGGUUGCAGCCUUCCAGAUCGCUGUCAAGUGGCUGGAGUUUGACCCAAAACGGGUUCGAUACAGUGCCGACCUCCUGAGCAACAUUCGAUUCGGCACAAUCUCAGCUCCAGACUUGGUCAACCAUGUGCAGCCUGUGCCACGCAUGAUGCAGGAUCCGCAGUGCCACAAGCUCCUCGUGGAUGCUAUGAAUUACCACCUGCUCCCCCACCAGCAAAACAGCCUUCAGUCUCGGAGAACCAGGAUUCGGGGAGGCCAAAGGGUGCUUGUCACAGUUGGGGGUCGUCCAGCUUUGACUGAGAAGGCUCUUAGCAGGGACAUCAGCUACAGGGACACAGAGGGAAACUGGAACAAGCUGACAGAGAUGCCAGCAAAAAGCUUUAACCAGUGCGUGGUGGUGAUGGAUGGAUUCAUCUACAUCGCGGGUGGUGAAGACCAAAACGAUGCCAGGAACCAGGCCAAGCAUGCCGUCAGCAGCCUGAGCAGGUACGACCCGCGCUUCAACACCUGGCUGCACCUGGCCAGCAUGCAGCACAGGAGGACGCACUUCAGCCUGAGCGCCUGCAACGGGCUCCUCUACGCUGUCGGAGGGCGCAACGCCGAGGGCGCGCUGGCAUCUGUCGAGUGCUACGUCCCCACCGCCAACAGCUGGCAGAGCAAGGCAAGCCUGGAGACACCCCGCUGCUGCCACGCCACCACUGUCAUCGGCGGAACCCCCGGCGGCUACAUCAGCCAUGCCUAUUCCCGCACCGUGUGCUGCUACGAGCCCGGCACCGACGCCUGGAGGGAGCAGGCAAGGCUCAGCACGCCCCGGGGUUGGCACUGUGCGGCCACUGUGGCCGACCGGGCCUAUGUGCUGGGUGGGAGCCAGCUGGAUCCCCAGGGCGAGCGGGUGGAUGUGAUGCCCGUGGAGUGCUACAGCCCACUCACGGGGCAGUGGAGUUACAUGGCACCCUUGCCCACGGGGGUCAGCACGGCGGGGGGGGGUCUGCUGGGGGGGGGCCCGGGGCGCCUGUGCCUGGUGGGUGGCUGGAACGAGAGUGGGAAGAGGUAUCAGAAAUGUGUGCAGUGCUACAAUCCUGACCUCAACGAGUGGGCCGAGGACGAGGACCUCCCCGAGGCCACCGUGGGUGUCUCGUGCUGCACCAUCACCCUCCCACGCUCCCUGAGCUCCAGGUCGCGGGCCAGCUCUGUGGCCUCGGCAGCAGCCAGCACGUAA